AUGUUUCAUAAUUCUGGUAGAUGGACUUUACACGAUUGUGCUAAAUCGAGCGGUGUGUGGGGUGCAGGGUGCGGGUGCCGGGGCGGGCGCGGUGAUGCGGCGAUGGCCGGGCGGCGCGUGACGCGCAAGUGGGAGGUGUUCGCGGGCCGCAACCGGUUCUGGUGCGACGGGCGGCUGAUGACGGCGCCGCAGCCGGGCGUGUUCGCGCUGACGCUGGCGCUGAUCUGCGGCACGUGCGCGCUGCACUUCGCGUUUGACUGCCCGUUCCUGGCGGUGCGCGUGUCGAGCGCGGUGCCGGCGCUGGGCGCGGCGCUAUGCGGCGCCACGCUGGCGGCGCUGCUGCGCACGGCGCUGUCCGAUCCGGGCAUCAUCCCGCGCGCAGCGGCCGCGGAGGCGCAGCACGCGCAGCUGGCGCAGCACCCGCUCGAGCCGGACGCCGGCCGGCCGCCACCGCGCGCGCGCGAGGUGCUGGUGCGCGGCCGCCCCGUCAAGCUCAAGUACUGCUUCACCUGCAAGAUGUUCCGGCCGCCGCGCGCCUCGCACUGCUCGCUGUGCGACAACUGCGUGGACCGCUUCGACCACCACUGCCCGUGGGUGGGCAACUGCGUGGGCAAGCGCAACUACCGCUACUUCUACCUGUUCGUUGUGUCGCUGUCGUUCCUGGCGGUGUUCGUGUUCGCGUGCGCGGUGACGCACCUGGCGCUGCUGGCACGCGGCGAGGGGGGUGAGGCCGGUGGGGGGCGCGGGCUGGCGGCCGCGCUGCGCGCCUCGCCCGCCUCCGCGCUCGUGGCCGCCGUCUGCUUUUUGUCCGUGUGGUCGGUGCUAGGGCUCGCCGGCUUCCACACCUACCUCGCCUCUACAGACCAAACCACUAAUGAGGAUAUCAAAGGCUCGUUCUCGAGCCGCGGCGGGGUGUCCAACCCCAACCCGUACUCGCGCGGCAACGCGUGCGCCAACUGCUGGUACGUGCUGUGCGGCCCGCUCGCGCCCAGCCUCAUCGACCGACGUGGCUUGGUGUCUGCGGAGAGCGGCGAGCUGCCGCCCAGCUUCGUGCAAGCGCUGCGCGCGGCCCCCCCGCUGCCAGCGCCCCCUCCGCACCACGCACCCCCCGCUGUCGUGUCGCCUCCUACGCCUCAAGCAGCCAGUUUUGGUACUGCAUCGCUUGAUGGUGAGCCGCGGCACGCCUACAUGAAUCACAGCCUCGACCUGGACCCCGUGCCGUUGCAAGAAGUGUGCAUCGGGGGCGGUCGCGGGGUCGGAGGAGGGGGUGGAGCUGGGGGAGGGGGUGCGCUGAGCGCGUCGCGGCUGCGGCUGUUGCACGACACCACCAUGAUCGACGCCGCGCUCGACCUGGACGAGCCUGACGCGCCCCCCCACCUGCCGCAGCUCCCGCACCACCUGCCCCCCCACCGCCCCCACCUCUCGCACCACGCGCCCCGCCUGCCCCGCGUCCCCGUGCACGGCUCGCCCGUGCCCGCGCUAUGA